AUGACGGAGACUCUGCAAGACGCUGAACUCUGCUUUCCACAACUACUCAACACCUCCUGCAGGAAGCCAAUGCAACAUCGUGCUGAGACCAUAUUUCUUUACAUUCUGCUGUCUUGCAUCUCUUCGCUCACUGUGGCUCUCAACCUGCUGGUCAUCAUCUCCAUCUCCCACUUCAGGCAGCUCCAGAGCCCUACCAACCUGAUCAUUCUGUCACUGGCGGUCUCAGACUUCUACGUUGGCCUCCUGCUUAUGCCGGUUCGAACUCUCCGUAUUGGGGGCUGCUGGGUUUUGGGCAGCUUGACAUGUGGACUUUUUAACUAUGCCUCUUAUAUCCUUACAUCUGCCUCAGUAGGAAACAUGGUGCUCAUAUCAGUUGACAGAUAUGUUGCCAUUUGUGACCCUUUGUGUUACCCCACCAAAGUCACUCAGAAUAGAGUUAAAGUCUGUGUUUGCCUGUGUUGGGCCUGUUCUGUGUUCUAUAAUGGGGUGAUACUGAUGGACUUUCUAAAACAUCCAGAUCGAUACAAUUCCUGCUAUGGAGAGUGUGUAGUUGUAAUUAACUAUGUAACAGGAGCUGUUGAUGUCAUGUUGACCUUUGUCGGUCCCAUUGCUGUUAUCAUAGUUCUGUAUAUGAGAGUAUUUGUGGUGGCUGUGUCUCAGGCUCGAGCCAUGAGGUCUCAUAUUGCAGCUGUUACACUCCAGGAUUCAGUUACUGUAACCGCAAAGAAAUCAGAGAGAAAAGCCGCCAGGACUCUUGGUGUUGUCGUGGUUGUGUUUCUAAUAUGUUUCUGUCCUUAUUUUUAUCCCUAUAUCGUGGGCCUGGACUUGUCAACCAGUGUGGAUUUUUCAAUUUUUGGGACCUGGCUACUUUAUAGUAACUCCUGUCUAAAUCCAGUACUGUAUGCAUUUUUCUACCCAUGGUUUAGAAAAUCUAUUAAACUAAUUGUUACACUUCAGAUACUGCAGCCUGAUUCCUGUGAUGCCAACAUACUGUAG